GCCACAUAAUUUACUUGACUAACUUAGGUAAAAUUCUUAGAAUUGGCUGUAGUCCGGUAUGUUGCCGGCGUAGAGAGUAAGUGCCGUGGGGUGGUGCCACUCCGAAAUCCAGAACCUUCGAACAGCUGCCUUUCCCUUCAGAGCCGCGGCGGUGGCUGGCUACUCAGUCAACUCCAAAAACAAUGACUAAACCGCAACCAAUCUUCACGGCGGCGGCGACAGGAAACACACCUCCUACUCCGGCCAUUACUUCCACCGACCAAAGAAGAAAACGCUGCGGAACUCCAACCACAUCACUUUCCCUCGACGGAGACAUCCUCUGUAUCAUCUUCGCUUUCCUCAACAUGUUCGAUCUCGUUCGCUGCUCUCUCGUUUGCAAAUUCUGGAAUGCAAUCCUUGAGUCUCGAUCGCUGCGAGAGUUUUACGAGAAGAAGUUGCUGAAGGAUUCUUCGAGUUCAUCUGAAUCGACUAAAAAGUCCUUGAGUGUUGUUUUACGGGAAGUAGCUAUGGAGCAGCAUAGAUUGGCGCUUCAAUGUGGUGCAUUUCAUGUUGAUCAGUGGAAGGGUCAUUCAACAGCGGUUUCUCAAUGUCGGAUGAAAAUGGGUACAGUUGUUACUGGUGUGGGAGAUAAGGUUAUCCGUGUCUGGUCAUUAGACCGCUAUAAAUGUGAAGAAGAAUACUCGGUACCUGAUACGCUACCUCUAGUUGACUUUGAUUUUGACGAGAGCAAGAUUGUUGGUCUAAUUGGAAGUCGUUUGUGCAUAUGGAGGCGGAAUGGGAAAAGAAGUGUAUUUCCUUCUCUUGAAGGCAAAUUCAUAACAGGUUCAUGCAUGCGUUACUUUGAUCCAGAAGCUAUGGUUGGAUUUGAUGACGGGGCUGUUCGUGUUUUUGACAUGUACAGUAGGAGAUGUUCUCAAAUAAUAAGAAUGCAUUCGGCACCUAUAACUUGUUUAUGUUUAAGUGAAGAUCAACUGAUAGUAAGUGGCUCCGCUUCAGGGAAUAUAACAAUAUCAGAUCCUUCUUCUGUUCAGAAAGUAGCAAGACUUGGAUCAAGUGAUUUUAGAGGCAUAAAGACGUUGUGUUUAAAACCUUCGUCACAGCUGCUGUUUGCCGGAUCAGCUGUUGGAUACACAUAUUGUUGGGAUAUGAGAACAAGGAGACUGUUGUGGGAGAAACGGGUGAGUCCUAAUGUCGUUUACUCUUUACAGCACAUGCAAAAUGACAAAUCAACAUUGGCUGUUGGAGGAAUAGAUGGUAUCUUAAGAUUUGUAAAUCAAAAUGAUGGCAAUAUUGUUUCAAGUUGUAUUAUGGAGGAUAAAUUGUGGGCAACAUAUCAAAGUCAUUCGGGCAGUAUCCGAAGAAAGAAGGGGAAGAGAUUGCCAGAGGAUACCUACAUAAAUAUUGAUGUCAUUCCGAAGAAUUCUCGACCUUCGAUUACAUGCCUUGCCGUUGGAAUGAAGAAGAUUGUUACCACACAUAAUGCCAGAGACAUCAGAUUGUGGAAAUUGAAAGACAAAAAUAUCUAUGACCGAUUAUCUUGUUUGAUGGAUAUGGAGAAGAAACAUUCUUAUAAAAGGAUCUUUGGUUGGAGAUGAGAAGAUUUGGUUAGAGAUUGAGGGUCUAGGGUAGGGGUGACUAAGGAUGUUUUUCGCUUUGGGAGGUUCUGAGGUGGGACAAUGGUAGAGUGUUGCAAGAUAAAGUUGUUGAUUGUUGGGUGUGACUCUUGAUCGUGAUGCUGACCUUGGAGCUCACAUGGAACAAAAUUACAUUGCUUAAAGUGUCUUUGUUCAUUUAGAAGGGGAUCAACUAUAGGACCCAACUUAAGACAAUUUAGAAAGACAAGAAAUAAUAUUGCCAGGCUCGUUGAAGUGAACAUGUGGAUUGUACAAAAGGACAACAUUCAAUAUUUAUUUUUGGAGUUUUUUUUUUUUGUUAGAUUUGGAAUUGGGUCUUUUGGUGGUUAGGAGAUUUGGAAUUGGGUCUUUUGGUGGUUGGAAUUCGAUGUGUUCAUCUGAAUGUAAUUGGUGCUCACACCCUUCAGGGAUGUAUAUCUCAUUCUUUUAGUAAUAAGGCUUGACAAUGCUUUUAAUUUUAA